CACAUCGUCCAUCUUUACAGGCUGUGGUGUCAGCGCUCUCCCCUUUUCUACAGGGCUGCGACGGCAGUGUCUGUGGUGUGGCGGCAGAUCCUGGUUUCUCCAGGGACAUUUCACAUAGGCCAGUGGUUUCUUUGAAGAGAUCGCAGUGCAAACUCGUGCAAUGACGGCGUGUCUUGGAAACCUGGGGAGGGUUGUGACCCGUCAGCUGGGCAAUCCUACGGUUCGCCUCGUGUCUUACGAUGCAACAAGACCUAACCUGAAGCUUACCGAAAAAACGAAGGUUAUCUGCCAAGGUUUCACAGGCAAACAAGGUACCUUCCACAGUCGCCAGGCUAUUGAGUAUGGGACACUGGUUGUUGGUGGUGUGUCCCCUGGGAAAGGAGGAAACAAGCAUCUUGGACUGCCUGUCUUUGAUUCAGUUGCAGAUGCCAUGAAGGAGACAAAGGCAGAUGCAUCAGUCAUAUAUGUUCCACCACCUUUUGCUGCUGCUGCCAUCUUUGAGGCACUGGAUGCUGAGGUGCCCUUGAUUGUGUGCAUCACUGAAGGGAUUCCUCAGCAGGAUAUGGUGAAAGUGAAGCACAGGCUCACAAGGCAGGACAAGUCCCGGCUGAUUGGCCCUAACUGCCCUGGCAUCAUUGCACCAAACCGUUGCAAGAUUGGAAUUAUGCCGGGCCACAUCCACCAGCAAGGAAGCAUUGGCAUUGUGUCACGCUCUGGCACAUUGACCUAUGAAGCUGUCCAUCAAACAACUCUGGUGGGCUUGGGCCAGACCCUCUGUGUGGGCAUUGGUGGGGACCCAUUCAAUGGAACCAACUUCAUUGACUGCUUGGAAGUGUUCCUGAAUGAUCCAGAUACCAAGGGUAUUGUCAUGAUUGGUGAGAUCGGAGGUCAAGCCGAGGAGAAGGCCGCUGAGUUCUUACAGGAGCACAACUCUGGCCCAGAUGCCAAACCAGUGGUCUCCUUCAUUGCUGGUCUGACUGCACCUCCUGGCAGAAGAAUGGGCCAUGCUGGAGCCAUCAUCUCUGGUGGGAAGGGAGGUGCUGAGGACAAGAUCAAGGCCCUGCAGGGGGCUGGAGUGAAGGUAACCAAGAGUCCAGCCCAGAUGGGCUCCACACUUCUGAAUGAGAUGAAGCACAGGGGUCUUGCCUGAGGAGAAGCUAAAGAGCAAGCCCCAACCAGCAGAGUCAAGCUGAAUUCUGCUGCAACAUGGAUAGUUAUACCUGCCUCUUAGAUGGAUGAUCAUGGGUGAUGAGGUUGGUGGUGCAACCUGUUGAUCAUCUCAAUUGCAUGAAUUAUUGUCAUGUCUGAGAUGCUUGGGUGCUGGCUGAAUAAUGAAAUGAUGCUGGUAUUA